GCUGACGAGCGAUUACUGGCACUGUGCUUGGUGGAGAGUGGCACCCCUUGGUACUCUGAUCUUGCUAAUUAUCUGGUGGGCAAGCAGUUACUUAAGGGGAUGACCACUCAUGCUAAGCACAAAUUCUUCUCCAACCUUGAAGUACUAUUUCUGGGAGGACCCAUACCUUUUCAGGAUCAAAGUUGAUGGCGUCAUACGACGAUGCAUGAUGUAGCAUGCGAUGGGAGACAUCCUGUCUCACUGUCACGAGGGAUCAACUGGCCGUCAUCAUAGAGGAAACCGCACCGCACGGAAGGUGCUGCAGUCGGGUUUCUACUAGCCCAUGCUCUUCAAGGAUGCUGAUCUAUUUGCACACCAGUGCGAUCGCUGUCAGCGGUCAUGCAACAUCUCUGCCCGUGAUGAGAUGCCUUAGAAGUCAAUUGUGACUUGUGAGAUUUUUUAUGUCUGGGGAAUCGACUUCAUGGGUCCCUUUCCUCCUUCAUUCGGUAAUCUCUAUAUCUUGGUUGUUGUGGACUACGUCUUGAGGUGGACGAAAGCUUAAGCCAUGGCCACCAAUGAUGCCCGACGUGUCUGCUCAUUUCUUAAGCAGCUAUUUUCCCGGUUUGCGACACCUCGAACCAUCAUUGGCGAUAGAGGAACCCAUUUUCAAGGGCAAUUCACUAAGAUCCUAUCUCGCUAUGAUGGAAGCACAAGGUGUGAGUGGCUUACCAUCCCCAACCAAAUGGUCAAGCUGAGCUGACAAACCGGGAACUGAAAUGGAUCAUGGAAAAUACGAUGGAUCAGUCCCGCAAGGAUUGGUCCACCAAGCUCGAUGAUUCUCUAUGGGCGUAUAGAACAACCUACAAAAUUUCGAUUGGUACUUCUCCAUAUAAGCUCGUCUAUGGAAAGGCCUCUCACCUGCCCGUCGAGGUAGAGCACAAGGCUUUCUGGGCCCUUAAGCUCCUAAACCUUGAUCUAAGUCUUGUAGGUACCGUGAUGAAAAUGCAGCUGGUGGAGCUAGAAGAGUGGCGUUAUCACGCCUAUGAUAACACCAGACUGUAUAAGGAGCAAACCAAGCGUCUCCACGACGCUUUUCUUGAAGGCCCGAAAGAGUUUCAGGUGGGCAAUCACAUUCUUCUAUACAACUCUCGCAUGCAACUCUUUUCGAGAAAGCUGCACUCUCGAUGGUAUGGAACAUUCACGGUCACUUACGCGUUUCCCUAUGGCACCAUUGAGAUCAUCAAUCCGCAGACCGAGCCCUUCAAGGUGAACAGGCAUCACCUCAAGUUGUACUUGAGAGGUUAUGUCGAACGAGCGGAGUUGGAGCUUGAUCUUGCGGACCCUUACUUACGCCAUCUACGUCCAACUAAACGAUGGUAAAGAAGCGCUUGCCGAGAGGCAAUCCCACCUCGGUUUGCAUUUUCUUCUCCUUUUUCUUUUUGAGUUUGUGUUUUUGUGUGUGUCAUGUGUUGAACAUGGAUUUUUGUGGUCAAUUGUUGUGCCUUGGGGGGUCAUUUUUUGUGAAUUUUUGUUUUCGGGGGACUAAGUGGUAUUUCUGGACGUUUGGUGUGAUUUCUGGCAUGUUUGCCAGAAAUCGGCAGAUCAUUCUAGGAGUUACGACAUGGUGUGAAAAGUUACGGUCGUGACCGUAACUGUCCUCCAUUGCCCGUAACUUUAAAUCGUAGCAUGGAAAGUUUGGGAAAUCUUCCCAAAGUUACGUGCCUAGUCUCGAUGUUACGGUUGUGACCGUAACUUUAAGACUGGCCCGUAACUUCUCCCUUCCCGGGUCAGAGAUGCGUUACGGCCCGUAACUCAAUCGAUGAUCCGGUAACGUCUGACACGCCCGAGUCAGACGAGUUACGACUGUAAGUCUCCCGAUGAAGCCGUAACUUCGGCUUCGUUUAUAAAAGGAGAGUUACACCUCGUACUCUCGUCGCCAGAAAACACACCUCCUCACUGGAAACACUCGCUGACAUCUUAUACUGUCACACUAGAAAAUGGCCAAGUGUAACCACCUACUAAUGCGUAGUAUAGUGGGUUUAGAUUUAAAUGCCAACCCGGGUCCUAGGUGUGAUGACUACUCCGUGAGAUUCUUAUUAUUUAGCGGUUCAAACGUAGUGAAGUUCCAAUCAAACUAAUAGAUAAAAGCAGUAAAUGUUGUGUUCCAACUUUGAGACAGGUCACCUAGAUAUGGUUCCCCCUAGACUGCAGUUGUAAUUCACCUAGUCCAGUUUCAAUGAUAAUUAUACUGUGGAAGGUUCUUAGACAGUCUGAAGUCUCGACUAAAGCUCUCCUGACCCUCUCAAUCAGAAUCCUCAGCAGGAGACUAACCUCCACCGGAGUAAACAGACUGAGGCCCUAACGUGCUAAACCUCCGCUACUGGAGUAAAUCCAGUACAAAAUAGUGAACCGACUCCUCGACUAAAGUCGUCAAUUCACUACCUUCAAUUAAGGUUGCUCUACCAACCUACGUGGAUAUUCUCUUUCUAGGUCAAAGCAGAAACUACAGGAAUUUUUAUCAGGAUUCAUGCAAUUCAGAAAAUCAUGCCUCAAUUGAAUAUAAUCAGUAUCAAAGAACUUGUACUUAGGUUCAUACAACCAGACCUAACAUACAAAUCUAGGGUUCUUCAUACCCAAGUGAGUGAGAGAGUUUACUCCAUUGAGAGAAAAUCAUGCUUCAGAUGCGGAAAUCAUUCUGUGAAGGAUGACAAUCUGCUUCAAGUAAUCAAUCGGCACUUCUCCA